AUGUUUUCCUACGAAAACAAACAUCCAGAUGGUCAUGUAGAUCCAGAGCCUCCCACCAAAAGAAGGAGAUUUUUUGCCGACCCUGCAGAAGCUUCCUCUGAUCCAGUCUCUCAUGACAGGUCCCCACUACCGCCGAAACGAUUCUUUAAAGACGAGGAGGAAGACGAAGUAAAAGAAGAGAACGAAUAUUCAGACACCGCAGUUGGGCAAUCCGACGAUGACUUGCCAGAAGCAUCACAUACGCAGCCUCCAGCACCCCAACAAGAGGCUUCCGUAUCUUUUGACCAGGAGACGUUCGAAGCCUUUAUAGGCGACAAGAUCUCCGCCGAUGUUCUUUCCGCAAUCAGAGAGCAUUGUGGAGAUAAUCUUGAGCGAGCUGUCAACAUGUACUUUGACGGAACAUAUAAAAAGUUUAUGAAAAAAAAGUCAUGGACAACUCCGCUAAGACCAGCAGCUAGUUCAAGCCACUCCCCGAGCACCUCCAACGAACGGAUUCCAACAGUCAAAGCGUCCAAAAGGAUGCCGAACGAACGAUACAUAGGAGCUUUUGGUGUUGAAGGAUGGGCUACAAGAAGCGGGACCAAUGUGUUAAAACAUGGCGAUACUGUUAAGAUCGAGCGACAAAAAUUGCAAGCACCCAAGCCGACGAGAGGAAAAGGGAAAACUGGACCUGCUACACCUUCGAGAGGAUUUGCUGCUAUUGCUUCACGGAAGAUGGAUGUCAUUGUACGCUUCACCACGCAAAGUGGUACAGAGGUUGGACGAUUGGCUAAAGAAACAGCAAACUGGGUAUCGGCUCUGAUAGACGAAAAAGUAUGCAAGUUUGAGGGAACUGUUGUCUACGCCCCUGAAAGACUCCGAACGAACGAUACGGUUUUCCUGCAACUGCGAUGCUCGUUACUCAACUCGGCAUUCUUCAGCAGGUCAUUUCAACUUGCUGAUGAUCGAUCGGCUGCCUAUUUCGAACAGAGCGAGACGAACGAUGAGAAGACCCUUCGAUUGCGACAAGUAGCUUUGGCCAAGUUAUUUCAGGAGAUCAACUUGCAACCCACCAUGACGAAUUCCGCAGCGAAGGACGGACGAAAGGGGCUACUUCAGGCUGCUGAGCAAGACGAACAGAAGCAAAAGGAAGUCAAGAAAGCGAAUGACAAUGUUAAAGCCAAGGAGAAUGGCUCCCAAUCCUCCGAUACCGAGGAGGGAGAAGAGUUGGAACAGGAUCAGCUCGAUGCACUUUACAAAAAGGCCCAGUCUUUCGACUUCAGUACCCCUGAAGCGGAACCGGCAGAUACAUUCAACAUGACACUCCGGACAUAUCAGAAACAAGCGCUGCACUGGAUGAUGGCGAAGGAAAAGGACGAGAAAAGUAAUCGCGAACCAUCUAUGCAUCCGCUUUGGGAGGAGUACGAUUGGCCAUUAAAGGAUGUUGACGACAAAGAUCUGUCGCAAAUUGAAGGGCUCCCAAAGUUCUAUGUUAACCCAUACUCUGGUGAUCUGUCACUUGACUUCCCAGUCCAGGAACAGCAUUGUCUUGGUGGUAUUCUUGCCGACGAAAUGGGUCUCGGAAAGACAAUCCAGAUGCUGAGCUUGGUUCACACGCAUAGAUCCGAGAUUGCUCUUGCAGCUCGCCAAUCAGCUGUUGGACUAUCGAGUGUGAAUCAACUCACAAGGCUAGGCAAAAAUUCCGAGUCGGUUCUUGAUGCGCCGUGCACUACGCUGGUUGUCGCGCCCAUGUCGCUAUUGUCGCAAUGGCAGAGUGAAGCGGAGAAGGCCUCUAAGGAUGGAACGAUGAAGAUUGAGUUAUACUACGGCAAUGAAAAGGCAAGCAACUUGCAAGGACUUUGCUGCGCGUCGAAUGCGGCCAACGCUCCAGAUCUGGUGAUUACCAGCUAUGGUGUUGUUCUCUCGGAAUUCAGCAGCCUGGCUGCAAGGAACGGAGACAAAAGCUUUCACAAUGGUCUUUUCUCGCUAAAGUUCUUCCGUAUCAUCAUCGACGAAGCACACCACAUCAAGAACAGAUCGUCAAAGACAGCAAAAGCAUGCUACGAGAUCUCGGCCAGCCACCGGUGGGCUCUAACUGGAACCCCUAUUGUCAACAAAUUGGAGGAUUUGUUUAGUCUUGUCAGGUUCCUGGGGGUGGAGCCUUGGAACAACUUUUCGUUCUGGCGAACAUUCAUCACUGUGCCUUUUGAAUCUGGAGAGUUCAUGCGGGCCUUGGAUGUUGUGCAAACAGUUUUGGAGCCUCUCGUACUCCGGCGUACAAAGGAUAUGAAAACGCCCGACGGCGAGCCCCUCGUGCUCCUGCCACCGAAGCAAGUCGAAAUUGUUGAAGUGGAGCUAUCGGAGACGGAACGAGAUGUCUAUAAUUACAUCUUUAGUAAGGCGAAGCGAACCUUUUCACAGAAUGUUGAGGCCGGUACUGUGAUGAAGGCCUUCACCACCAUCUUUGCACAGAUUUUGCGUCUUCGUCAAUCUUGUUGUCAUCCUAUACUUGUUCGCAACCGUGACAUUGUGGCAGACGAAGAAAUAGCCGGAGCGGCUGCUGAUGCAGCGGCCGGGCUUGCAGACGAUAUGGACCUCGAGUCGCUCAUCACUUCAUUCACGGCAGUGACAGAUGAAGCAUCAAAAGAUACUAACCAGACCUUUGGGGCUCAUGCAUUAGAGCAGAUUCGUGAUGAAGCUGAAAAUGAAUGUCCGCUGUGUUUCGAGGAACCGAUGAACGACCAGACUGUCACUGGUUGCUGGCAUUCUGCAUGUAAAAAGUGUCUACUUGACUACAUCAAGCAUCAGACUGGUAAGGCGGAGAUACCUCGGUGCUUUAGCUGUCGCGAACCGCUCAACAAGAGAGACUUGUUUGAGGUUGUUCGCCAUGAUGACGACCCCGACAUGAUGUCGAAGAAGUCCAAGAUCAGCCUGCAGCGAGUUGGUGUUAACGCUUCUUCAGCAAAGGUGGUUGCGCUGAUGUCCGAACUGCGGAAGGUGAGACGAGAGCACCCAAAGAUGAAAUCAGUCGUCUUCUCUCAGUUCACUUCUUUCCUAAGUCUUAUUGAGCCUGCACUCACUCGCGCGAACGUCAAAUUCCUGCGGUUGGAUGGCUCGAUGGCCCAGAAAUCUCGAGCAGCGGUUCUUAACGAGUUCAGCGAGAGGAAAGGGUUCACAAUACUUUUACUAAGCUUGCGCGCUGGUGGUGUCGGGCUCAAUCUAACGAGUGCUGGCCGAGUUUUCAUGAUGGAUCCUUGGUGGAGUUUCGCCGUCGAGGCUCAAGCCAUCGACCGAGUGCACAGGAUGGGACAAGAGUCGGAAGUACAAGUCAAGAGAUUCGUGGUCAAGGAAAGUGUAGAAGAGCGAAUGCUGAGGGUUCAGGAGCGGAAGAAGUUCAUUGCAACUUCUCUGGGUAUGAUGAAUGACGAAGAGAAGAAGAUGCAGCGCAUCGAAGAUAUCAAAGAGUUGUUAAGCUAA